AUGCGUCGUGAACGCAAUGCAAAGGCAGCAGGCAAGGCAGCCAACUCGCAACUCAAAGUGAAUGCAGCAGCCAAGAAUAUCAUUUGUGUCCAGUGUCGUCAGACCUUCUUGUGCACGGCCCGUGAAAAGCAGUUGUCAGAACAUGCCGAGAACAAGCAUAGCAAAACUGUCAAGGAUUGUUUCCCUGAUUGGACUGCACCUGCCGCUAAAUAA